AUGAAUCCCAUAUCUGGUCUGUUCGAUGAGCGAAAUCCUCGGCUCCAUGUUACCAUUAGGCGUAAGCUCGCCGCUGCCGUCUCUCUGAGUUUGGACAAUCAGGCGAGCUCAUUGACCUCACUCGCUGGUUCCAAUGUUAUGCUUUCGAUAGGGAAUAUCACCUUUGGAAAUCGAUUUGGAUUUUUGGAUGAAGGAGAAGCUAAACAAGGUAUUAUGAAGUCAAUUUCCAGUUAUUUGAAGUAUGCCUCAAGAGUUGGAAUAUUCCCUGAGUGGCACCAGACACUUUUCAGACUCUUCAUCAAAUCCAAGAAAUUAAAUGGGCUCGCCCAUGUUCAGUCUUUUGGCAAGGAAAAUCUCGAGGCGCGGUCCAACGAAUCAGCAUUGAAGUACAAGAGGGUCAACACUCCGGGACUUACUGACUUUGUCUCCAAAUUCCAGCAAAUUUGUACCACGGAUUCGAGUAAAAUAAGCAAAGACGAAAUCGCCCUUGCAUGCAGUAUCAGUAUUGGUGCUGGCUCUGAUACUACAUCCAUUAGUCUAUCAGCCAUUAUAUAUUACCUGACGCUCUAUCCUGAGACAAUGCGCAAGCUACGCAAUGAAAUCAAAGACAUGGCAACGCAAAAUUUACUUUCUAAUCCAAUCACGUUCCAGGAAUCAUGUUCCAUGCCUUACCUACAAGCAGUGAUCAAAGAGGCCCUACGGCUACACCCUGUGACAGGGCUUAUUCUUGGACGAGUGGUACCGAAAGGAGGUGCGAUGCUGAGUGGUAUAUGGUUUCCUGAAGGAAGCGUUGUUGGAGUCAACCUAUGGGUUGGUCAUUUGAAAAAGGAGAUUUUCGGGUCUGAUGCGGAUGGAUUUCAUCCAGAGCGAUGGUUGGGUGAUCCAGAAGUGGUGCGGAGGCGAGAGUCCUAUUUUAUGACUUUUGGGAUGGGGUCUCGCACAUGCAUUGGAAAGAACAUAAGCAUUAUGGAACUUUCAAAGGUGGUUCCUGAGCUAGUUCGUGCUUUUGAUUUUGUUCCAGAAAGUGGAAUACCACAGUGGGCCACCGAAGAUGUCUGGUUUGUGAAGCCCAGGGGGUACAGAUGUCGCAUUAAGCUCCGGGAUGAGGUUUGA